AUGUCUCGUAUGAGUGUCCCGCCGAAGGUCGGGCAGCGCCCCGGCAUUGCCGUGGAGAAGACGACCAAUCCAAAGGUUUUUUUUGAUAUCAGCAUUGAUAACAAGGCAGCUGGGCGCCUUGUCAUGGAGCUGUACGCCGACACGGUUCCCAAGACGGCGGAGAAUUUCCGGGCUCUCUGCACGGGAGAGAAAGGCAAAGGUCGCAGCGGCAAGCCCCUGCAUUACAAGAACAGCGUGUUUCACCGGGUGAUCCCGAACUUCAUGAUCCAAGGCGGCGACUUUACCCGGGGAAAUGGCACAGGCGGUGAAUCUAUCUAUGGCACCACCUUCCGGGAUGAGUCGUUCUCUGGGAAGGCCGGCCGGCACACUGGGCUGGGGUGUCUGUCCAUGGCCAACGCAGGUCCCAAUACGAACGGGUCACAGUUUUUCAUUUGCACUGCUGCAACCCCGUGGCUCGACGGCAAGCAUGUUGUCUUUGGUCGUGUCAUCGAUGGUCUUGACGUUGUGAAGAAAGUUGAGCGACUGGGAUCGUCUUCCGGAAAGACGCGCAGUCGCAUCAUGGUGUCCGACUGCGGUGAGUUUGCGGCGGAUAAAUCGAAGGAUCAGCGGGAACACCAGCAGCAACAGCAGCCAGCAAAGGCAUCUGCGGACAAGAAGGCCGUUGUGAAGAAGAAGUCGCUCGUGUCUUCGCCAGCCGUCGAGGGGCAGAAGGCUCUCUCUGCAAAGAAAGAGACACCACCUCAUGUGGCUGCACCGAAUGAGACAAAGAAGCGCAUGCGCGAGGUGGACGAGGACGAGGCGCGGCUGGCUCGACUUCGUGAGAAAAAGGCAAAGUUGGCCGCCCUGCGCUCCAGCGCUGUGGGGAACGAAUAA